CACCGACCAUGGGCCACAAGUCGCGCAAGGCCGUCCUCUACGUCACCUCCUUCUUCGUGCCCCCGCUGGCCGUGUACCUCCGGCGGGGUGCCAACAACAAGCACUUCGGCUUGAGCAUCCUGCUGACCCUUCUCGGCUGGAUCCCUGGUGUACUAUACGCCAUGUAUCACGUUUCGAAGUAGAAGGGACGACGGGUAUAUGGGGGGGUGGAAGUUGGGGUCCGAUCCGGGCGUGGGGUUGAUGUUGACUUAGAGGUUCAGC